AUGACCAUGAGUGUUAAAUAUGAGACCACAGGGAAUAGGCAGUCUAGGCACCGUGUCUACCUCCCGAGGUCGGAGCGGACAAUGUUUGAGAAGAUUCAGAAGGCGCUCACGCUUCGUAGCGGCAUCAUGAAGGAGCUGCUGGCAGAAGCACUGGGAACAUUCAUCCUCAUGGUUUUCGGCUUGUCCUCUGUGGCACAAGUGGUAUUAGGAAAAGGAAACACUGGUCACUAUCUGAGCAUCAAUAUGGCAUUUGGCAUUGGUGUUACUUUGGGAAUCCAUGCAUCUGGAGGAAUAUCUGGAGGUCAUCUGAAUGCUGCCAUCACUAUUACGGAGUGGAUUUUAGGAAACCUCAGCUGGAAAAGGCUCACAGCUUAUAUGAUCGGACAGUUCCUGGGCUCCUUUUUGGCAGCAGCCACUGUCUUUGGCCUCUACUAUGAUGCUCUGUACGACUACACCAAGGGGAACUUCACAGUCACAGGACCAACUGCCACUGCACUGAUCUUCUCCACUUACCCUGCUCCCAAUGUAUCCUUGCUGGGGGCCUUCUUUACAGAGUUUACGGCGACAGUUAUGCUGGUCCUGGGCGUUCACGUCAUCCACGAUGACAAAAACAACGCAGCCCUGAAAGGCACUCAGCCCCUGAUCUGUGGUGUCCUGGUCCUGGGCAUCGGCCUGGGAAUGGGGAUGAACACAGGCUACGCCAUAAACCCCUCCCGGGACCUGCCCCCCAGGAUCUUCACUGCAAUUGCUGGCUGGGGAACAGAAGUCUUCACGGCUGGACAUCACUGGUGGUGGGUCCCAGUCAUAGCUCCAAUUCUGGGAAGUCUUACUGGUGCUUUAAUCUAUAGAGUCUUCAUUGAUAUUCACAACCAACCUGAUGAGGAAAUUGAAAAUAGGAAAGAAGAGAGAGGUGUGGAGACUUCCAAGCUGUGA